AUGACCAUGACCAUGCAAGCUGCCUUCGAGGACUUCCGGUCACAGGACGAUGUAGAUACAGAUAUGCACGAUCUAUUCUUCCUGCUUAGCGCAGCGUCCGACUCUACGGACGAUGUAUCGGAGCCGCCCGUUGAGGGUCCGGGAUGCCCGACAUCCCAGCACGACGCGCCUUCGCCGCUGGGAUCCAGCCCGGAAAACUAUUGCUUCCCUGGCAUGCUCCGGACUCCGUGCGACCUUCCUGCUGACUUUAUGAUCAAACAAGAGCCUGUCAACAACGAAGCGGUUGGCCAUGUCGAGCACGCUUGCGAAAUGGCUCAGCGCUGCACGAGCUCCUCCUCUGUCGGCUGUCCCCCUUCCGCGAACACAGCAGCUACUUCCGGCGGCUCACCUUUUCAACUAUCUGCCCUAAGUAUUUCCUUUCCAGGAACCACACCCGAACCGCCGGCUCUUCCGGUCCCGGAAAUUGCCGAUCAGCAGCAACAUCAGCAGCAGCCGCCGCCGCAGGAACAGCCGCAGCGAAGUCAACCUGCAGGGCCGUCAUGUCACAACGUCACAUCCUUAAAUUCGACACCCAAUCCAGAGUAUUCGGCGGUGGCGGCAGCGGCCGCACUGCCCGGUGCAGCGGGCCUUUCGGAGCUUGAUGACAUAAUGACGCGGUCCGACUCGAUGGAUGCACUGUACGAUGCCGUACGGAGCAAGUCCUCGCGUUCCUUCGGUCGUACUUCCUCCAAGAAGCCGCCGAUGUCUCACAGUACAAUCGAAAAGCACCGCCGCGACCGCAUCAACCACCUGAUUGAGGAGCUUGGUGAGAUGGUGCCGCCGUUGGACCCCAGGUACCGCGGCGAGGGGGUGGACGCCUCAGCGCCAGGUAAUGGUGCUCAGGCGCAGCGGCUGACGGCGGUGGCACUGGCUGCGACGGCGGCGGCGGCUGGGAAGCCGCCAGCGAGCUCCGAUGCUGCCCCUGGCCAUCAAAGCGCCUCUCCGUCGGUCUUUGCCGGCGAUUGUACGGCCGCCCCUGCUGCCGUACAAACCUCACCGCACGCCUCCGACACAAGGACGAGCCGCGGCGGCGGCGGCGGCGGCGUCAGUGACGGCACAGGCCUGACGGCCGCGCUCGCUGACAGCGGCGACCCUUGGGCCUCUGACGGCUCCGUCUCGAGUUCAACUGAGGUACACGUCUGCCGUACCAGCACCGCCGCCGCCAAGCCAAAGCCGUUCGCCGCCGCUGCUGCUGCCGUCGCUGCAACGCCAAGUCACGCCACAUCUUCAAGGACGCCACCGCCCUGCACGCACCAACACCAGCACCACCACCAGCGCCCAGGGCGCGAGCCCGCCCCACCUCGUUCUCCUGAUUCCUCCAUCACGCCGGGGCCGCCCAGUACCGCCACCGCCGCCGACGCCGCCACUUCUUCCUGGCUUGUACGGGUCGUAUGUCCGCCGCGCAAGGACCUCUUGGCGGCGGCGUGUACGGCACUGUCUGACGCUGGCGUCAGUCUCCGCUCCGCCAGGACGACGUCAGCCGCGGGGGGUCGCAUGGCGCUAGAGCUGGAGGACAGCGCAGAUACACUGGAAGCGGCGGCGGCGGCGGCGGAGCAGCAGCAGCAGCAGCAGCAGCAGCAGGAGGAGGAGGAGCCGGCGCCAGCGCCAGCAAAGUCGCGGGGUUGCGCCGCGGCGGCAGGCGGCAGCAGGGUGGUGAAGCGCAUGCGAGUGUAA